AUGAAGAAGGCUAAAGAGACUGCCAAAAAAGAUAUUUUUCAAACCGAAAAGUCAAAACAAAAUACUAAAAAAGCUAAGCCUUCUAAUAGAGAAGAUAAAAUUAUAAUCGAGGCUAAUGCAGAUGACUGGUUUUGCACAAUAUGGCAAGAAUCUAUAGUUGAAGUUAUGAUAAAGUGCAACAAAUGUGAAACAUGGGCACAUGAAAUGUGUACUGACUUAUCACGACUUAAGGACGACUACGUGUGCGACUUCUGUCUUUAA